AUGGGGAGCAGAGAGGUGGAUAAACGUCCCUUGGCUUAUGGAGACGUCGACCUCACUGCGGAAAUCUGCGGUAACAAUAUGGGCGCGGAUGAUUCCUCUUUUAAAGCUGCACACCGCAUGCUGCUGCGUAACACGAUGCAGCCUUGGACCAAGCUUUGCAAGUCUGAAGGUGUUGCUAACUUGCUCCUGCGGUUUGAGCAGGCCGAGGGUCACGAUGCGAUUCGGCGGUAG